AUGAUGCUUCAAGUUCUGCUGCUGCUCCUACCUGCCCUCAGUCCUGCUUUGUCCUGGAUUCCAGUGCAAGAUUGGGAGUCUGGAAAUGUGACCGCAUCAGUGGGUUUGUCAGGUCAGUGUGUUUGUCAGGUGUAUCUACCUGACACAACAUUCCCUGCCAACCGGGUUCAGCACAUGCAACAAGUCAGCAAGGACUUGAUUCUGGAAAUGGAAAUCCAAAUAAACAAGAUGGAGCGUUAUGAGGUUAAGCUGGUGAACUAUCUUAAGGAACUGACAGAUCUGACUUAUAGAGUGUCAGUACUGGAAGGAAGCUCUGAAAAUUACAUCAAGCUGGACUUUGAGCUGCUUAGGAUUGAAAUCAGAGAGUUUGAAUAUCUAGUGUAUCAGCUCAAACACUCCCUUAACUCCUCUUCACCCCUGUUUGACAGUCUGUAUACUGAGAUCCGCAACAUGACCCUCAUUGUGAAGCAGCUUGAAACUUACGACAAUCAAAACCUGGAGGUGAUUCGCAUCAAGUUUGCAAAGCUGCAGAAGAAGCUGGAGGAGUGCCAGAAGGACCAUGAAUUCAUCCAGCCAGAUAUCGGCAACUGCAAUCACACAGGGAUCUUGAGUAUCAGUAAACCAGUGGUGGUCCAACUAAAUGCUCAUCUGUCAGCAAGCUACCAAUAUGGCGGCUGGGGCAAAGAUUCAAAGCCUGUUCGAGGUUAUGAGAAUAUGUACUUCUAUGGUGGAUUUAGCAGUCCUGCAGUGUAUGAUUUCUAUUUGUACUCUGACUAUGAAAAACUGAUUCUGAGAAAUGCAUUUCAACACCGUGACAUAAGAGGGUGGGAAGGUACUGGGAAUAAUUACAUAGUUCACAGCAAUACCAUCUACUACCAGCGUUAUUCACCUUUCAGUAUGGCGAAGCUGAAUCUGACUGCUCUCAAAUAUGACUAUAGAGUGAUUUCAGAUGCAAGUCAAACAUUCUCCUACAUCUACUCACAUAAUCAGUACCUUGAUUUUGCAGCUGAUGAAAAUGGCUUGUGGGUGAUGUAUGCCUCAGAGAAUAGCAAAGGUAAAAUAGUUCUUGCUAAGAUUGAUGAAAAGUCUUUUGGCAUCAAGGAUGUGUGGAACACUGGCGUGUUUAAGCAGUCGGCUGGUAAUGCUUUUAUGGCCUGUGGAGUCAUGUAUGUCACCAGAGCGGUGGAUGCCAACACUGAGGAGAUCUUUUACGCAUAUGACACUAAAACCAAAGAGGAGAAACAACUCAGCAUUCAGUUUAAGAAGUUCCAGGAAAAAUACAGCAACCUGGACUAUAAUCCGUCUGAUCAGAAGCUCUACAUGUACAACAAUGGCUAUUAUGUGUCCUAUAAUGUGAGCUUUAACAAAAAAUAA